AUGCAACAGUUGGUGUUCCAUGGGGACAACUCGAUACUUGAAGUAUUAUCUAAUCCAUAUGCCAGCAUUACUACCCUGCUUGGGUGGUUUGAAAGCAAUUCAAGGGACCUUCAAGGGCACGAUUUGACAUAUCUGGAUUAUCCAAAAAAUUACAAAUGGGAUAAGUCAAGUAAGUCUUGGGGUCGGAGGGUUUACGAAUCAUCAAAAAUGGUAGGCCGCCUUGUAUUCGUACAUCCGACGUCUGGUGAGUUAUUCUACUUACGGAUGCUACUAUGUCACCAAAAAGGAUGUACAUCAUUUGAGGAUUUACGUACUGUUGCUGGUACUGUCUAUACAACUUUCAGGGCGGCCUGUAAUGCACUUAGAUUGAUAGGUGAUGAUAUCGAGUGGUUGACAUGUUUCACAGAAGCUUCAACAUGGGCAAAUACAUCACAGCUACGGUCACUUUUCUAUCAUCUACUGCUUUUCUGUGAGGUUAGCAAUCCGCUUUUGUUGUGGAACACUGCGUGCGAUAGGAUGAAAGAUGACUACUUACAUACCAUGAGAGCCGAAGUACCAGAUAAGACAAUUACCUCUGCUGCUGGGAUUGUUGAACAACAACUCCUUCAUGAUUUAGAUGACACGCUCCGUUCUGCCGUCCCAUCUAAAUCAAUGGCAGACUUUGGUCUUCCAGUUCCGUCAGCCAAUGUGAUUGGUGUUUUACGAAAUCGACUGCUAUUGGAAGAAAUGAGUUAUGAUAGGGAAGGACUACUGAAACAACACAAUGAUCUAUUACCAAAGCUGAACAAUGACCAACGACCAGUUUACAACAAAGUUGUUACUUCCAUAGAGAACGAAAAACAAAUACUAAUAUUUGUUUAUGGACACGGUGGUACUGGUAAAACAUUCUUAUGGACGACUAUUCUUUCCUAUCUGAGAUCGAUAGGGAAAAUCGUUUUGGCUGUUGCUGCAUCUGGAAUCACAUCGCUUUUGCUACCCUCUGGGACAACCGCACACUCAAGGUUCAAAAUACCUAUUGAUUUAAACAACAAAAAAUCAUGCGAUAUAAAAAAGCGCACCUUCCUUGGAGAUCUUAUGCAGCGUACAACACUGAUUAUCUGGGAUGAUGCGCCAAUGAGUGACAGAAGGUGCUUUGAAUUUUUGGACCGUUCACUUAGAGAUGUGCUAGACUACGAUGAAAAACUGUUUGGGGGCAUAUCAGUGCUUCUUGGUGGUGAUUUCCGCCAAACUCUUCCUGUUCUACCAAAAAGCACACGUUCUAAAAUUAUAGCACUAACUCUACCAAGUUCGUAUUUAUGGACAUAUUUUAUAAUUCAAUUUUUACAUACGAACAUGAGACUAGAAUCCUCUAACACAAUACCCCAUAGCUCAAUGACUUUAUCAGAAUUUGCCACAUGGCUGCUAGCUAUUAGUAAUGGACAUAUAGGUGUACUUGACAAAGACGACCCACGAGACUCAAAUUGGAUACAAAUUCCAUCUUCACUCCUGAUAUCACCUUCCCCUGAUUCCCUACAGACCUUAAUAGAUUUUGUGUAUGGGGAUGGUACACUUAAUCUACCGACUGCCACACCGCUUUCAGCAAGAGCAAUAGUUUGUCCUACAAAUGAUUCAACUGACGAGAUAAACGCUCACGUUUUGAAAAUGGUGACAACAGGUGCCAGGGUAUACAAUAACACAUACACUAUGCAUCCGAAUGGAAAACACACAUCUCAUUUGGAGGGCCUCUAUCCAAUAGAAUACCUAAACCAACUAAGCUUUCCAAGAAUACCACCACACGAGCUUCUACUUAAGGUAGACUAUCUGAUAAUGCUGUUAAGAAACAUAAAUCAGAGGGAAGGCUUAUGCAACGGUACCCGCAUGAUUGUUUCACAAUUGUUACCAAGUGUUAUUAAAGCGACAAUCAUAACUGGCACUUCCAUCAGAAAACGUGUAUACAUACCACGCAUAAAGUUCAUACAUAAGUCAUCAGAUCUGCCAUUCAUCUUCUCACGAAAACAGUUUCCAGUGAAAGUUUGUUACGCAAUGACUAUCAACAAGAGUCAAGGACAAUCACUACGUAAGAUUGGAAUAUAUUUGUCACAGCCCGUCUUUGCACACAGACAACUUUAUGUUGCCCUCUCCCGAGCAACAUCACCAGAUUCCAUAAAGAUACUAAUAAACAGCAGUGACACAACUAAAAACAACAAAACAAAAAAUGUUGUCUUCAAAGAUUUACUGCACAAAGUCACUUCAACCGAGGUCUACAGUAUCACUGCCUGUUAUACCUUUCAUCAGCGUUACUACUUUUCAUUUUAUUCAUAUGCUCUUCACUAUUUCAACACUUUUUACAUGUUUAUAAAGUUUUGUAUUUUCAUCCAAAUAUCUUGCUUACCUCCACACAUUUCUUUAUAA